AUGUUUUUCUUAACAUUGCUACACGUAAGUUUUGGGCUUCUCUGUGAAGAUAUGUUUGAGCAAGCUUACGACCUUAAAGACAUCAUAGCCCAACAAAUUGUCCCUGAACAUCUCAGUGCUCAGUAAUCUUAAUUUAGAUGUAUUUCCUCAUAUAUUAAAAAAGGAGCUUAUGAAGAAGCUGAAUAUUUGAUUUCUAAAGCUGGCAGUUCAAAAGUUGACUUGAAUUCAGUUAUGAAUUUACUAUUAAGCUAUAAAAGAUCUAUAGCAAGCUUAACAAGCUUAUUUGAUGUAGAAAAUGAGCCGCAAAUAGUUAAACCAAGCUUCAGAUGGGCACAGUCAUUAACUCAUAUAUAUCUUGACAUAAAGUUCUCACAUAGAUUUGACUCUGCAGGAUGCACUCAUGUAUAUGAUAAAAUUAUAAAAGUGAAAAAGGACCAUCUUGAAUUUUCAGCUAAAUGCAUUUAUUCUAAACAAAAGCUGCAAUUUGAGCUUAAUUUGCCAUUUUAUGAAGUUAUUGAUACAAGGUAUACAGAAACUAAUGAAAUUUUAACCGGGAGACUUGAAAUUAAGAUCCAGAAGUGGAAAGCGCCAAGUGUAUGGCCUCAAAUUUACUCUGGCGAAAAACCUCAAAAUAUGUCACCUUGGUGGGAUAUGCAAGAACAGUUUAAUGAGCAGCUGAAGCAGCAUCAAGAUUUGAAUGCGCUUUAA